AUGGUUCAAGAUGUGUCUGCGCAGGGCAUUGUCUCCCUUCUGGACACAGACCUGUACAAGCUGACCAUGCAAUGCGCGGUCCUCAAGUACUUCCCAGAUGUUGCUGUGACCUACAGCUUCACGAAUCGGACCCCGCACAUGAAGUUGCGGCGCGCCGCUUACAAAUGGCUACUGGAACAGCUGGACAACCUCGCCAACAUCCGUGUCACCGCCGAGGAGCGCGAAUUCCUUCGCCAAAAGUGCCCCUACCUCAAUGACGCAUACCUCUCCUACCUAGAGACCUUCCAACUCAAUCCCUCCGAACACGUUGAGGUCAAAUUCAUUCCGACACAAGAUACCGGCAGUGAUGACGACGAAGGCAAUGUGGAAUACAUCAUCAAGGGCCUCUGGCUUGACACUAUCCUAUAUGAAAUCCCUCUUCUCGCGUUGACCAGCCAGGCGUAUUUCAAGUUCAGCGAUACCGAUUGGGAUUACGAGAACCAAGAGGAGAAGGCCUAUCAGAAGGGAUGCACUCUGCUGGAGAAUGGCUGUGUUUUCUCGGAAUUCGGCUCACGACGUCGGCGAGACUACCACACCCAUGACCUGGUCAUGAAGGGUCUUUGCCGCGCCGCGGAAGAAGGCAAGAAGCAAGGCUGGUCUGGUGUCCUGACUGGAACAAGCAAUGUCCACUUUGCUAUGAAAUACAAUACCGCUGCCGUUGGCACCGUGGCGCAUGAAUGGUACAUGACCAUUGCGGCUAUCACAGAUGACUACCAGAACGCCAAUGAGUUGGCACUCAGCUAUUGGCUUGGCUGCUUCGGGGAAGGUGUCCUCGGAAUUGCUCUGACCGACACUUUCGGUACACCGGCUUUCCUCGAUGCGUUCAGCAAGCCUAUCUCAAGGCCAAGUGAGAAGCCUGACCCCAAAUCUGCAAUUAGCUAUGCUCAGUCUUACACUGGUGUUCGCCAAGACUCGGGAGACCCUACAAACUUCGUCAAGAUGGUCCGAGAAUUCUACGACCGCCAGAACAUUACCGAUAAAAAGACUGUUGUGUUCUCAGAUUCACUGGACAUUGAGCACUGCCUCGAAUAUAAGGCCAUUGCCGAAAAGGCUGGCCUGAACCCCACCUUUGGAGUGGGAACUUUCUUCACCAAUGACUUCACAAACAAAGCCACUGGAGAAAAGUCUAAGCCCCUGAACAUUGUUAUCAAAAUCGCCACUGCCAAUGGCAGUCCCGCUGUCAAGCUCAGUGACAACCUCGGCAAAAACACUGGUGACCAUGCCAAGGUGUUGGAAGUGAAGCAGAGGUUGGGAUACGUUGAACAAUCAUGGGAUGAGGGUGACGAGAGUCAUCGCUGGACAAAACAGGCCUAA